CGCCUAUCGACACACGAUGUCAAGACAAGUCAUCUGUUAAAUCACAGUUUUUCCAGAAGUUAGUGCCUAAGUGCUAAUUAAUACGUAAUAUUUCUAAAGGUGCUCAGUAGAUGGUAUACUAGAUCUAGUCUACUUACUAUCGACUAGAUCUUGAAGUGUGAACUGUGAUUGGUAAGCAAUUUCUAUUUACUGCAACUUUCUUUUUCUCACAAAGUCAAGAAUUGUUGUGUACAUCUUUCUCUCAUCUAAUUUUAACUGUAGCUCGGUCUGUUUGCCUAUCUCUAUCAAUACAUAUAUUUCCAUUUAAAUCAAGCCUUUACAUCAUGAGCAAAUAGAAGAGAAAUAUCCAAAGUAACACUAAUGCAGGACCAUUACAGUCUUGAAGCUUUCAAAUUACACUUACACUACGUUUGACAAUCUAAUCUGGUGUGCUAAUAACUAGGUUUGUCCAAGAUCGACAACUUUUGCAUUGCAUCGUUGAAGUGUUACUGAUAUGAUUGAUCGCCACUUGGUCUUGAUCUUGAUCUCAUUUCGUCUUCCUUCAUCAUCCCUUGCACUCUUUGCCGGCUUGUUCAAAUAGUUUACUGCUUGUUUGCCCCAAUGGCCAAAGUGUUCGAAAACGAGAGGAAUGACGAAUGGUUGCAACCCUUUUGGCAGCAGCUCAGAGUUCUAGUUGGUCUCUUUAUUUUCUUCUCGUUUCAUUGCUGCUACUCUUUCUUGUCUGGAGGCUGCCUUUAUACUGAGUCGAUCCAAGCACCAUGGAUGAGCCAACUACGCAUCUAAUUCAAUGUCUGCACCUGACUCUGGAUCAAUUUAAAGGGAGGGUGACAUGCAAAAAUCGCUACCUAUUUUAUAACUUAGAAACGUUGCUUUGCCAGUCAAAUGAAUGCAUGAAUUUUUUAGAAUUUUUAGCUAGUGUUCUAAGGGUUAAAACGAGGGUUCUUUUGACUAUAAUUUGGCUCCGCCUUUCAUCUUCCGGCAAUUUUGAGGCGUGUCCGUCGUGACAUCACAAGUUGAACGGAAACUGCUCGCGCAGAAGUAAAUCAGGUCUACAAUGGUGAAGCGAUGUGUUGCGGCUGGCUGUUCUAACUCACACAGCGACCAAGUCAGCUUGUUUUCUUUCCCACAAGACCCAGUUCUUCGAAAGCGAUGGACAGAAGCAGUACAGAGGACUAGAGACAAAUGGAAUGGGCCUUCACGGUAUUCGGUUCUAUGCAGCGACCACUUUACAGAGGACUGUUUUGAAACCGAUCAUCUUUUGGCCUCAUCGUUUGGCAUCGCCAGGCGAGCACGCCUGAAGCCAGACGUCGUUCCAACGCAUUUUGUCAGAGCGAAUUUGACAACAGGCGCCUCUGGAUCGUCAGCUAUGUCUUUGGAACGAACACGGAAACGAACGUCCACUGGCGGUGAGAGUGAGUUGACAAGCAAGAGGGGAGCAUAUGAGAAGAGACAAAGAGCUAGGCUUCUACAGGAAAUUGUCAGCACUCCAAAGCACCUGUGGAAAGAGAAACAGAAAUGGAAUCUACUUGGCAAGACAGUGAAGACAAUGAGAGUGAGAAGAGUGCAACUCAUGCAGAUAUUGGUGUACAGGCAGUAUGCUUACAGGAUAUUCCACGCAGAUCCACUGUAAAUGUCAGAGUUCAAGUAAAGCCAAAAACUGUCUCCAGGAGUGAGUGACAGGAUAGUUUGAUUACUGACUAACAACUUGUGCGAAUGUACCUACAAAUUAGAGAAUUACACAUGCAUGCAUGUACUAAGUUUUGGAGUCAACAAUAAAUUCUAAAACUACUUACUCCUGUGGAGUUUCAUCUUCAUCAUCAUGA